CACAUGACAUUAUCCGGACUCGAGCGCAUAGAAAACGGAGUCCCACCUGGACGCCCAAGAGGUCCUCGGAUGACCCGAGGCCCCAGUUGCAUCCAAGACGCCGCAGAGGAUAGGUGUACAUCUCGUGCUUCAGCCAGUGUUCUUGUCGUUUCUUCAACUGGAUGUUCGGAACGGUCGCGAUGGAGAGACGCCGAGCGUGGUCUUGGCAGAGGACGCAGGUGGCGGCGGCAAUGGUGCUGGCGCUGCUGGCUGGAGCUGCGAGUCCCCAGCGCCUCCCUCCGCCGUGUGACAGGUAAGAUGAACGUGUUUAUUGGAGUGAAGACGCGGUGCUUAUGAGGGGGUGCGGGAGCGAUGGGAGAUAAGAAAUCACUUACCACAAAUAGAACGACCAGCGACCGCAGCAAGAGGCGAGAUACGAGUCAUCGUGAAAGGUGAUGGACGGGUUAUAUGUAGACGUCACGGCGAAGGUAUCGGAUUAAAUGUAUAAGCAUAGCACUCGGGGAUCACUCAGGGGACUGCUUUGAUGCGCGAGAUAUGCAGUCAGAGUCACACGCCUUUGC